UUGAUAUUAAAGUAUAUCAAAUUGAGUCGAUCUUGGGAAGCCAAGAGCUUUGGCAGAAACGCCUUCUUAAACAGUCGUGGCGCGCAUAGUUAGGCCAGGGGCCGAAUGAAGAAGCUGGAAUGCGCCAGGCACGCCAGAUACCGGAUGGCACCGCCAAGCCUCCUCUAGUGAUGCCUAGUACUGUGUACCGACAGUAGCAGCGUCGUCAUCAUCAUACCUUGGGGAAACAGUUCUCAUCCUCUUCUCCUUUGCUGUUAAUUGCCAUACCCUUUUCACAAUUUUCACAGUCCAAAAUUUGAAGGCCGGAAUAUAUCCACCUUUCUAACACCUACCGCAUCGUAGCCUGUAGGUAGUAGUGUAUUGUACCCCGAGAAUUAGCUCCCCGCAUCAACCACCCCGCCACCACGGCCAACAUCAUUCAACGAUACCUGACGGUAUUCAUGGUUCCUCAGCAGUCUUCUCGUUCGCACGGUCGGGUUUUCGCUGGGCUUGGAAUAUUCAUCGUUCUCAUCGUCCUCUGGAACACCUGGUCUUCACCUACUGCGGGAUCCGUCGCGUCGCAACAAGAACGUGUCGACAUGUCGGACCAAACUCUCUCAGAGCUCAAAGUGUCUGUUCGGCAGACGAGCGCAUCACAACCUAAGCUGACCAUUGGCGUCACAAAUACGCAUUCUAGCCCGGUAACCUUGUUUACUUGGGACUCUCCCCUCGAUCCCUUGGCUGUGCAGUUGGGUCUUUUGUCGUUCACGCCAGAGGGCAAAGACACGCCUAUCGACAUCCCCACAAUCCAGGUGCGGCGACUCAUGCCACCGAAAGACGACGCCUACGUGACCAUCGAGCCAGGUCAGACAGAGGAGCGAGAGGUACUGCUAAAGAAGCCCAUUGUGCCUCUAGAUCAGCUCCAAGGCAAGGUCAAGGUCGUAUGCAAGGGUAAAUGGAGGAGCGUGUGGGCGGCCAAGAAAGAGGAUAUCUCGGCUGAGUCGUUAAAGAAUGGAGGGGCCGAUGAGGCUGCGCUGAAAGGGAGCUUCGAGAGCGAUGAGGCGGAAAUGGAGCUCUAAGACUGCAAUAUUGAGCAUUCGAAAGGCGAAUGUGAGAGGGCAUGGAUGGGCUUAUCCAAUGAUGAUGAUGAGUCAGGAGACAAGCAUCUAGAGUUCUACUACCUACCUAUGUAGAUAGGCACUGACUAAGGAAUCACAAGUUUGCUGCUGUCACAAUCUACCGAGGUCCCAAACUGUUCUGUAAGCUGCCCGGACUCAUCUAUAACCUCCAGGAUACACCCCAGUGCCUAGAUAGAUUCAUUACCUACGUAUGUACCUACGAAGUAGGUAUUCAGCUCAGUUGGACAUUCUGCUUUUUCUGAGACCUGGCGGCGCAAUAGGUGCUUUAGAGGUAGGGGCAGGUGCAUACAACUGCUAUAG